CGCUGAAUAAAAGUUGGCUGAGGUGUGUCUACCCAUCCUGCAGCUACAUUUCCCAAUUACUGCAUAGGCACAACCCAAGGAAAAGUACUCAAUAGCUUUGUGUGGGUAGAGCAAACUGAACCCAGGCCUCCCCUGUCACCAACUAGCAGCUUACCCACUGCUUCUGUAUCUCUUGAGCUCUACUCAUAGAGGAAAUCUGAUCUGCUGCAGCACGGAAACAUCAGCGGUGACCACAUCGAGACAAAUUCCUUAGGGAGCUGCCUGUUUUUAAGCCGAGUGUUCAUGAUAUGAUCCAUCUGGAUUACAGGGAUCAACAACCCUCUUGUGAAUAAUGGUUAAAAACGGAUCCCACCUGGACAGUGAAACACUGGCAAUGCUCCAGAAUAAAGCUAUCUCCAUCACUCUCCCAGUUGUGUAUACACUGGUGGCUUUGAUCAGUAUCCCUGGCAACUUGUUCUCCCUUUGGGUGCUCUGCUGGCGCAUCAAACCCAAAACACCUUCUGUUAUCUUCAUGAUCAACCUAAGCAUCACGGAUCUCAUGCUUGCCAGCUGCUUUCCCUUCCAGAUUUCUUAUCACAUCCAAAGCAAUCACUGGAGCUUUGGCAAGACUCUUUGCAGCCUAGUGACCGUGAUGUUCUACUCCAACAUGUAUUCUUCCAUACUGACCAUGACCUGCAUCAGCAUCGAGCGGUACAUGGGUGUGGUAUAUCCCAUGAAGUUGAUCAAAUGGAGAAGAAAAAGAUAUGCCCUGGCUGCCUGCCUAGGUAUGUGGAUGUUCUUGCUACUAGCCUUCUACCCACUAGAAAGCACAGAUCUGACCUAUGAAGUGAAAGAAUUGGGGAUUAUAACCUGUUUUGACGUCCUCAAGUGGGAUAUGCUGCCCAACUUUGCAGCCUGGGUAGCCUUUCUCCUCACACUAUUCGUUGUGCUCUUCCUGAUCCCUUUUGUUGUAACAGUUGGAUGCUAUAUUGGCAUAAUUCGGAAGCUUAUUCAGACAUCGAACAGAUAUGGUAACAGGCAGAAGACUAGAUCCAUAUACCUGGCGAUAAUAGUCCUUCUGGUAUUCGUUACCUGCUUUGCCCCCAAUAACUUUAUCCUACUUGUGCAUAUGAUCAUCCGCCUGUUUUAUGGCAGGAGUUUGUACCCUGCCUACAAGCUCACAUUAUGCUUCAGUUGCCUCAACAACUGCAUAGAUCCCUUCAUUUAUUACUUUGCAUGCAAAGAAUUUUACCAGAAAUUCAUGGAAGUGUUUCGCCCUAAGGUUCUGCUCAGCGACAGUUUGGAAACCAGAAGGGAAAGCUUGUUCUCUGGCAGGACCAUGUCAGCCAGGUCGAUGUCAAGCGGACCUAUGGAUGGACUAGAGGGAGUAAAGGUCUAUUUGCAAAGGCGGGAGAGUGUUUUUUAGGCUUAGAUAUCCCAAGAAGAAAGGCAUGAGAUCCAUGAGUAGACACAGAAAACAUUUCUUUUUGAAUAGCUGCCCUCAAAAUACCUUGCUUCAGUGGCAGACCUCAAUCCAUACUUGUAUUAUGCAUCCUACUUCAGUAUUUUCUGGUAAGAAAUGGAAGCCUUAAAGGAACUGAGUUUAUUCCAGAAGGCACUGAAGCAAAUCCAGUAUUGAUUAAUAGGUGUUGGCCUGGAAUUAGUCCUACUGCAUGAAAGCAAGGGAUAAGUUUAGAACAAAAAUUACUUCCAGGUUGUAUGACCUCAGUGUUUAACCAAAGGCUUGUGAUUCUUGGUGAAUGUGAAAUAUUACUGUAUACGAAUUAGAGCAUACACUGACGUUGAACUUCGGGUGAGUUAUUUUUAUAAGCAAUGUGCUGGGUUUUUUGUUUGUGGGUUUGGUUUUUUGGUGGGUUUUUUGGUUUGGUUUUUUUUUUUAAUGUACUGCUUACUCUCUUGUAUUUCUAUAAAAGAAUAAGUAAAAAUAGCUUGUCAUUCUACCAUUAAUGCAUAAUGCAUAGCCACUGUGAAUUUACCACAACACUCACCCAACUGUUUAUCAGAACCAAACCACCCUAACCUUUGAAAAGGUUACGUUGACCUAUUUAUUUCAAUUUUAAAUAGAAAACUAUCUCAUACAAUGAAACAAAAGCUAGAGCUAGUAGUUUGAGACUACUUCAGCUGCUGAGUGGAUACUUUCAUUUCUUGAAGCUAUUAAUUUUUCAGGACAUUGGGGAGCAGUUGAUUUAAGAAAACAGAUUUUUUCACAUUGACCUACUACAGUAACAAUGCUUCUGCUCUUAUGUGAUUGGUAUCAACAAGUCGUUUUCACUAAUUCCCUAUAGGCUACACACAGAAGCACCAUUCGCUCAGCAAAGAACUUAGCCUUAUAUAGUGCACAGGCAGUGAGUUUACCUUCCUUAUGGUGAUAGUGUUGAUUAUUAACCAGAUUUUCAGCUGGAUAUAUGAGAAUUCAACCACAGACUGGAGUGAUUCUGUGCCAGCAGAAACUAGCUAAAAACCUGUCCCUAUGGCCAGAUGCCAGAAAUGUACUUCUUUCAAGUAGGCAAACAGAAAGAAAAAGAAAAAAAUGAAAGCAAGGCUUGAGAAUGGGAGAUGUACCAAUUACUCCAGAAACAGGUUAUGGCAGGUUGAUGUGCAGUCCUAUGUUUGGGACUCCACUCUGAAAUAUCCUUCUCCAGCUUGUUUGCAUAUACUAUGUCAUGUUCUAAUUAUUCUCACAUCUCAACAACUGCCUGUGUGCUUGGGAAGAGAACUGCUACAGAAUAUGUACUGGGGACAGAAAAAGGUAAAGUUUUUUGUGUAGUAUUUACAGCUUUUUACCUGCCUCUGGGCCUCACUGACAGAGAAGAGUCAACAAACAUCUGACAGCGCCAGACGAGCUUCCCCUCACAAGCAAGACAAAGCUAUAUGGUAUCCUUUUCCUGCACUGUGACUCCGUCCAGUGCUGAGUACGAGGCUGUCUUCGACAUCGUGCAUAGUUGGUUCAGACACCACAUACUAGGUCUGCCUUGAGCAGACCUGUACCGAUUUCUGAGUUCCUGUGCCUAAGUAAAAGACAACACCCAAGGCCCUUAAAAUCCGCCUUUUUUCUUUGUGUACGGCAUGAUUAAGGCACAAUUUUCCACCACUAAUCACCAAGAGUUUCUUCACAAUAGAGCCUGGAUAACCACAAAAUCAGCUGUGAAAUGUUUGUAUGUAUGUCCUAUAUUCUGCUAAAGUGUGGUCAGUUAUUGGAGCAGGAUAAAUGCAAGUGGACCUAGGACUAACUUUUAAAGGCCAUCUGAAGUGUUUUGUGGCAUUUCACAGUGUUAGUUUUAAUCAAUCUGCGCUUCUACCUACAGGGCCAACCCUAGUGAUAUAUAACCUGUCCAGACCUUCCCAUCAAUUUGCCUGGAAGCUACCCUGCACUACCACCCUCUGUGCUGGGUGCAUAUGUGCAGUGAAAUGAGGUUGCUACUUUAAAUCACCUCGCAUGUGCUAGAAGAGGAGUCCACUGAAUAUGUUCUUGUGUGAGUCCAGGGCCCUGAGCUCCUGUGUCAGCUCUAGCACAUGCUCCAAAAUGCCUGCUUGCACCAGAACCUCCAAAGAAAGAACAAUGGCUCUUCCUAAGCUGUCCCACAUUGGUCAGGCAGAAAUUCAGUUAGUUUACUUAUGUUUUCCAAACCUGCCUAUUAGUUCAGCAGUGCAUGGUUUCACCUUGCUGUUCAAGCCCCUUCACCAUCUGCUUUCACAGAAUUUCAGCUUUCUCAUUACCAAAACUCUUUUCAGCAUUUUGCUGUGGCAGAAACUGUUUUGGAGGUUUUACUGAAAUCUCUCUCCUUUUAAAUUUUUUUUUUUUUAGCAUACGAGUACUUUUACAAUGAAAACCAUUACUUCUCCUAGCUCUAAUACAGAUUUUCACCCUGUUUUAUCUUGAACCUGAUCUUCAAGCACCUAGUGCCUCCUAAAACGUUCUGUAAUGUGCCUGAACUGCAACUGAUGCCAAACAGAGCCAAAAGGGCAGAAACUGCACUUUGGACAUCA